AUGGGUAAUUGUAUUGGUAAAAAAUCUGGUGCAAAAAAUAAACAUCAGAAGUAUACUUCUUCUAUUGUUUCUACUACUAAAUUAUAUGAUAAACGACGAACAAAUAUUAGACGAACUCGAUUAUUAUCAUCGACGUCGUCGAAACAAACUCGUAUUCGUAUUUCACAUUUACCUGAUGUAGUAGAAUCGAAAACUUUAUUUAAUGAUAAUGAAGAAAAAGUUAUUCAAUCUCCUAUAUCCUUAUCAACAACAGAUAGCGAUGAACAAUUUAUAUUUAUACAUACAUCAGAAACAUCAUUGCCUAUUGAAUUACCAAAUGAAUGUAAUGAAUAUCAAACGGACGAAAUCACAAUAGAUUUUAGUGAGAAAGAUGUUACAGAUUCAAUGGUAUUGAUUACAGAAGAUCAAGAUGUAACAAUGAAAGCUUUAGUAAAUAAUGAAAUUGAAAUAAAUGAUGAUCAAGAAGUACCAAAUUUUACUGAAGAAUUAUUACCCGAUUCAAUUGUUUCAUCACCUUCACCAUCACUUAUUGAUUCGACAUUUUCUUCACUGUCUUAUAAUACAACACCAUUUUCUUCUCAAGAUCAGCUUAUUAUUUCAUCAUCGACUUCAUCAGAUGAUACUCAUCCUAUUCUUUCAUCUAAUCAAUUAAUCAAUUGUACGAAAAUAUUAUCUUUACCUUAUACAGAACAAAUCUAUAUUGAUAAUCAAUCUUCGAAUGAAAUAUUUUCACCAAUAUUACCAAUAUCAAUAUCUCGUUGUAAAAAUAAUUUAUUUCUCAAUGAAUUUCAUCAAAAUAUUGUUUCACAUAAGUGUCUAACACUAAGUUCAAUUAUUGAUGAUCUUGCACAACAACAAUUUAUUCGAAUUCAUCGACGAACAAAAUCUCAAUUAAUCGAACAUAAACAAUUUGAAUGUGUACAAUUAAAUGAUAUUAAUAAAUUUGAUAAACCACCAUUGAUUUUCGAUAAUGAUCAAAAAUUUGUAUAUAUAACUAAAUAUGCACGAUGGAAUGAAUUUCAAUCAGUAACAUGUGCUACGAAAGAUGCAUUACGAAACUUUUCUUCAUGUGAUCAUUGCUUAUCGAUAUUUUCUGGUGCAAAAUUAAAUCAAUAUUUACAUCCAUUUUUAUAUGCUAAUAUAACAUAUAAUUUCGUACAAACAUAUUUCAAUGAAAUCAAUAAUAAUAAUAAUAUUUUUGGUUAUGUAUCUCAAGUAAAUUCUCAUUAUAUUCAACAAACAAUAAUUAAUAAUUCAAAAUUAACGUAUUCAUAUGAUCUUGAUGUUGAUCAUACGAAAUUUUAUUUUGUAUUACGUAUUCAAUCAUGGCCAGAAGAAAUUCGUUCGACAUUCGAACAAAGACAUCGUUUAUGGCCACUAAAUAACGAAAAUUUAUUUACAAAUACUUGUUUUAUUCGAUUUAUCGGUACACAAAAUGAAAUAUCAACAACGGAUAAAUGUUAUACAUGUGAUAAAUUACUUUCACCAUUAAUAAAUUCAAGUUGGUCUUAUACAUAUGCCGCAAUUGAAAAUCAACUUAUUCUUGCUAUGUCUGAUGAACAUAUACGUUUUGCAUCAAUUGUAUGGAAUUAUUUACAUGCUAAAACACACGGACAAUUAUCAUUUAAUAUAUUUAAACAUACACUCUUCUAUUUCUUCGAACAAUAUUCAAUUGAAACAUUUUUAACCAGUGAUUUACUUAAUUAUAUACAUGAUUUUAUUGAUUUUCUUUCUAAUUGUUAUCAAAGAAAAUCUUUUCCUCAUUAUUUUAAUUCAAAUUAUAAUUUUUAUAAUGAUAAUAUAUCAUUACAUUUCUUAACAAUGAAAAUAACAUAUUUAGAUUUAAAAAAAUUUUCUGUUUAUCUUUUACCAAAAUCAUCAUUAUAUCUUUAUCAUUUAAUGUAUCUUAUUGAAUUUCAAUCAAAGUUUUUACAUUAUCUUAGUUCAUUAAAAACCAAUUUAAGUCAAACAAUACUUGAAACACAUGAAUUUGUUAUUAAACAAUUAUCAUCAAAUGUUAAAACAUCUAAAAAACAAUUUGAUUCAAUGAUACCAAUAAAAUCAUAUCGACCAUUAACACUCGAUUGUCUUUAUCGAUAUCAAGAAGAAAAUGUACAAAUAAUUCUUGAUUAUUUACCAUUAUUACGUGAAAAAGAACCUUCAUUACUUACGCAUUCACUAUGGUCGAUAUAUAUACAAUAUUUUAAUUCGUUAUUUGAUGAUCUGUUUAUUUCUUAA